AUGAAAUCUGAAAGAUCAAUACGUUCUAUAAAGUCGACGCGUUCCUUGCGAUCUUCGUUAAAAGGUCAUUCUGGCAAAUUGGUGACUGAGAUAAUAGAUUUGGAAGCUGUUUUACCUGUAUCGUGCGCAAAGUUUAACUGUCCCUAUAUCAUCUUGGUGAAGAAGACUCAACAGAAUGACGACUACUACAGAGCGCUGAAAAAUCUCGAUGGAACCAAAAAGCGUAUAAGUAUGGCACAGAGUGCAAAGCAAGAAUCAGUUCAUUCGAUACGAGCCGAUGAUCAAGAAAGCACUUCGGCAGAUGGCUUGUCAACGCACAUCAACUCGCUCACAGUUACUUCUGUUUACGACACCUUCAAUUGUUUGACUGGAAUAUAUAUAAACGAAGUGGCCCAUCUGCCGAGGAUUCUCAUGCAAGUAAUGCGAUACUUGGUGCCACAUUAUAAAAACAUAACGACAGUAUCGAUCACUAAUUGUAAAUUGGAGGCGUCCAUUUUGUACGAAUUGAGUAAAAUUAUAACAGUUUCGACUGUAGUUCACGUUCAUUUGGACGGAACAUCGGUAGCAGAAGCUAAUUACGCGAUUCUUUUGGAUACGGCACAUCUAAAAAGUCUAACCCUGAGCAGAUGUGGUAUAAAUGACAAUGUUUGCGGGAUCUUAGCGUCAAGAUUGUACUUGUCGGCUACUGGUGAAAAGUUAUCGCUGUUAAAUCUAUCCUCUAACCACAUAACCGAUGUAGGGGCGAAGUCUUUAGCGGAAGCUUUGAGAACUAAUCGAUGUUUGCGGUAUCUGAACAUUGCUGAUAACCACAUAACCGACGACGGCGCUACGUCCAUCUUAAACGUUUUAAUGGAAUUUCCAUUGACGUCGAAUGAAGUUUUAAACAAAAGAAAGAGAUUUAUAACGUACUUGAGAAGGAAAAACGAAAUGUACCUAAAGUAUCUUGCCGAUGUAACGUCGGUGGAAAUGUGUAAGCCCGCGAAACGGAAGAAGACUUCGGUGACUUCGGUAAAAAGUAGAUCCAGCGCUCGAAAGGAGAAGGAAACCCAUCAGCAGCAGCAGUCAAUGUGUACAGACGAUUCAAUUAGAGCUAAAAUGCUUACUCAGCAAUUAAUGGGGCCAUUUCUAGACCCAUUUCAAUCUGAUUGUUUAAAAAUUCACGACGGAACAACGAAUUGUCUUGGAAAUAUGGCAUUAGCUUACUUAAAUAUGUCAUAUAAUGAUUUGAGCUUUAUGACAAUACAAACACUGAGAAAUGUGGUAGAUUAUCAGAAGUGCUUAAAGUUAGUUGGUUAUCAAACUGGAUUGCUUAAAAUUGUCGUUGAUGGUAACAAUAUGCCUAUCAGAUGUCGCGAAAUGAUGUUCAUUAGUGAAGUUCUGAGUGGGAAGAACCAGGAGGUUGUUAAACGAAGGAAAGCUUCGAAAAUUUGUGCAUAG